AGGACCUGCUAGUCUCGAAGCAGAGGUGAGAGGCCAGCAGAGCCAGCACAAGCCAGCGUGUUCCUGACCAAGCUUGUCCUCCAGCUGGCGGGAUCCCAUAGACACAGCCUUCAGAAAUGAAUGAGGAGAGAAUGACAUAUGCAGAGCUAAAAUUGCCCUAUCCAAAGAAGCAGAACAAAAGACAUCCAACUGGUAAAAGGAGAGAAUUCACAUGGAAAAUCAUUGCAAUAAGCCUGGGAAUGAUCUGUUUUCUUCUCCUGCUGGUAAUCACAGUCUUAGGAUAUAUGAUAUGGAUUAAAGAUUUUCAGAUCUCUUCUGUGAACAAAACUCAAACUAUGACAGAAACACCAGAAGUUGAAGAUCACCCAUCUCACCCUGCUUUACCGCCUCUUGCUGAUAAAGAUUAUAACACAUGUCAAGAAAAGUGGUCCUGCUGUGGAGAGAACUGUUAUCAUUUUUCAAAAGCAGAGGGAACUUGGACUGAGAGUAAGAAGUCAUGCCAAGACCUUGGUUCUAGUCUCAUUAAGAUUGAAAGCAAAGAGGAGCAGACCUUUCUUCAAUCAAAGAUCAAAUACAGAGGUUGGAUUGGAUUACAUAAAAAAGGAGCUAAUCACCCUUGGGUGUGGCUGGAUAACUCAACACCAUCUCAGAAACUGAAUUUUCAAGAAUCUGUGACAAAGGCAAACUGUGGAUUCCUCAAGCCAACAAAUAUUGCUACUGCUGAUUGUACUAAACGUUCUCCUUUCAUUUGUAAAAAGAAGAUUUCCUGCCUUAAUAAUUAGCAAGACUAUAAAUAAAAUCUUAAUAUUUACAUUCUUUAAUAAUUAUUAGGGGAAAAAACUGGGUAAUCACUCGGAUUAGUCAACUGUGCCGGAUUUAUAAAGGGGUAUGAUCUCUUAAAAUUUCUUUGAGCAAAGAUAAAAUAAGUAGUUUUAUAGUGUGUCCCAAAAUUAAUGCAAGAUUUGCAAUUCAAUUCAAUUGCAAAUAUUGCGUGAAUCUUGGGACACACUAUAUAAAUAGUAAUGUUAAAUAAAUAGAAAAAUAAGUUUGUUUGCUAUUUCCAGAACUAAUAAAGUAGAGAACAUGAAACAAAUUUGUUUUGAUUUAUUUUACAUUUAUAUUGAAUUUUAUUACAUCUAAUUUUUUCUUACUCAUUGAAUGAAAUUUGUUUGAUUAGUUAAUUAAUAUAAUUCAUCCUGUUAAAAAUAUGGGAGGCACAAAAUAAUGAACAAAUUCUUUUUUCUCAUCUUGUCCCCUAGUCACCUAGUUCUCUUCUUAGAGUCAAAUAUGUACCUAGUUUCAUAGAUAUUAUUCUAGAGAUAUUCUUGGAAAGUACAACUAUAUACAUGCUAUCUGCUAGACCAAAUGUUAACUAUAAACCAUAGUCCUGCUUAUUAUUAUUAUUUUUAUUUAAAUAUAUAGCCUUCAGGUCAUUCCAUCUCUUUGUAAGCAGCUGCAAGUAUUA